AACGCUGUGAGCUUCAGGAGAUGGGUCGGAGAGGGGAAGGUUUCCUGGAUGCUGAGGCAUUUGCAGCUCUGUGGAAAAGGAACUGCUGAUUUGCUGCCCGAGCAUCAAGGACGUGAGACACUGGAAGAGAUUUGCACGCCCCAAAGUCACUGGAACCACUGAGCACCAGAGGACGAAUCCCACACGGAGUCAUCAUUGGUGCCCAUGGUCUCAUCUGGAGCUCAAAUUGAGGUGGGAGCGUCUCCAGCAACUGGCCAUGGCCAACGAGAGCCUGGCUCUGAGCAGCCUGGACGGGAUUUACAUCGGUACCGAGUGCUUGGUAGCUUUGUUCGCCACUUUGGGUAACAUCUUGGUCAUCUGGGUGGUGAAGCUGAACAUGACAUUUCAGAACACGACUCUGUACUUCAUCGUUUCCCUGGCGCUGGCUGAUAUCGCGGUGGGGGUCCUCGUCAUACCCCUGGCCAUCGUGGUGAGUCUGGGCAUCAGCCUCCACUACUACAUCUGCCUCUUUAUAUGCUGCCUCAUCGUGGUUUUCACCAACGCCUCCAUCCUCUCCCUCCUGGCCAUCGCCAUCGACCGGUACCUGCGAGUGAAGGUGCCAACCAGAUACAAAAUAAUCACUAGAGAGAGAAGAGUUUGGUGGGCGCUGGGUUUGUGCUGGUCUUUGUCCCUGCUGGUAGGAUUAGUCCCCAUGUUUGGCUGGAACACGACAAAACCAAGAAACAUUGACUUUCUCAGCUGUCGAUUUACCUCUGUGAUGAGGAUGGAUUACAUGGUUUAUUUUGGCUUCUUCAUAUGGACCCUCGUUCCUCUGCUCAUCAUGUGUGUGCUGUACACAGAAAUCUUUUGCAUCAUCCGGACAAAGCUAACUCAAGGUACGACCAACGCGAGAGGGGCAGGAGGUUUUUAUGGACAGGAGUUCAGGACAGCCAAAUCCCUAGCGCUUGUUCUCUUCCUGUUUGCAAUAUCCUGGUUGCCUCUGUGCAUUAUGAACUUACUUUUCUACUUUUACCCUAAGUGGCAGAUUCCAAAGCCUUUGAUAUACUUGGGAAUCCUGUUAUCCCAUGCCAAUUCUGCCAUGAACCCCAUUGUCUAUGCUUGCAAGAUAAAGAAGUUCAAAACCACCUACCUUUUAAUUUUAAGGACCUAUAUCCUGUGCCAAAAACCAGAUCCAGUUCUUACAGAGCAAACAACAGACCAACAGUCAUAAAUGAAGGAUGAAUGUUGACCCGCCCGUACACACCAGACCAUUGCUAAAUCACUUUGUUUUAGUAAGAAACUCAUGGGAAAGUGUGUGAUCUGUUUUAUCUACUCCCACUCUUGCACAAACUGUUUUAUGAUAAGGGCAAGCUCCUCUUAAUCUGAUGCACAUUUGACAUCAAGCUCAAAAGGGUCGUUUAUGAUCUUCUGCAUUAUUGUACCCCAGGGAAUUCUGCUGGGGGCUUGCUGUACCAAGGCCAGAUUUUCCAGGCAAACAUCUUCAUU